CAACAACUGAGAAAAGCCAAUGAAAAUAUUAGACAAUUCUCUGCACUGUGCUUUUGUUUGCUCCACCACAACAAACACCACAAGGACCAACUAACCAAGCCCGCACACCCCAUCCAUCCAGCCACACACAACAAGACAGGCCAUGUCGACUCGGGCCACGAGAGCCAGCCGCAAGCUUGCGGAGACGCAGCAGGCGGUGCUGCACUACAUGCUUGACCAGCCAGAGAACAAAAUGUGCGCCGAUUGCGGCACGCGAGGACCGCGGUGGGCUUCAUGGAAUUUGGGUGUCUUCCUGUGCAUCCGCUGCUCUGGCAUCCACCGCAGCCUUGGAGUGCACAUCUCCAAGGUUCGCUCGACCACGCUGGACACAUGGGCCCCGGAAUGGAUUGAGUCCAUCUCCAAAUGGGGCAACAAGCGUGCCGCCCUCCUUUGGGAGUACCACCUGCCGCAGAACUUCAAGCGUCCAGUGCAUGACAACGGCGCCAUGGAGAUGUUCAUUCGCUCCAAAUAUGUCACGGGCAAGUUCAAGCGUAAGGCGAGCGACCCGCCACUGCCACCACCAGAUGCCAUCCCCAUUGGCUCCAGUGACGCCGACAAGAAAGCCGACAAGAAGAAGAAGUCGCGCAGCAAGAAGAUGACAACAACAGCAACGGCCAACCAGGGGGUGACCCUCCUUGACUUUUCACAGCCCGUGCAGGCCCCGCCACCAGACGCCAAACCGCUCGGCAGCGCAGCCCCCGUUACAACGACGACAACCACCGCCACUGCUGCCCCUGCCAAGGAUACAACACAGCAGGCGCAGACAAAGGCGUCAUCUGCAGAGGAAGAUUUGCUCGGCGGUCUGUUUGGCCCAUCUUCUUCAACGCCUGCAGCCACAACAGCUCCACAGCAGCCACAACAGCCACAACAACAACAACAACAGCAACCGCCGCAGCAGCAGCAGCCGCAGCCUGCAUCGUCCAACUAUGACGACAUCAUGUCGCUGUUUGACAAGCCAAAGCAGCAGCAGUCCGGCUUCCUUGCGCACCCCAUGCAACAGCAGCAGCAGCCGAUGAUGGCGAUGGGUGGCUUCCCCCAGCAACAGCAGCCGAUGGGGUUUGCGCCCGCAUUCCAGCAGCCGCAGCAACAACACAUGUUCAUGCAGCAGCCACAGCAGCAGCAAAUGUUUGCUCAGCAACAAGGAUUUGCGCAGAUGCAGCAAGGCUUUGGGCAGAUGUCGAUGACACCACAGCAGCCGCAGCAGCCCGGUGGCGGCUACACGAUUGGAGGCUCUCUGUGGCAGUAGGAGAUGGAGGACAGGUGUUGUGAUGUGAUACAUUGGUUGCAUCGUUUUGGUCGGUGUGUGUGUGUGUGUGUGUCUGAUGGGCUUUGGAGCUUGUAGUGCAGGCAGGCGAAGGUGUUUCGCCUCUCACGUGCAAUGUGCUAGCCGUUCUGAAGAUGUGAUUGGAAGGAACAGCGUUGAAUAGUUGAGAUGAGUGGGAGAGCGUGCUGGAGAGAGGGGGGGGGGGUGCUCUUGGUGUAAUUGGUUGGUUGGUGGCAUUGGUUCGCUCGUUUGGGUUGUGUUGCACAUUGCUUGGUUGCUCUCUUAGAUUACAGCGAAGCCAAAUCUACUUUGG